UCCAAUCCAACGGUAGUCUGCUGCUGCACGCUGUUGUUAUUUGUUAACUUAUCAUGCCAUGAGGAGAACAGAAAUCUUAUCCUGCUGAUCAUUUCUUGUUCUCGAAUUCUAAAAUCAAGUAUUUUGUUUUUCUCGUAGCAUUGUUAUUUUGGUUUCGUUCAUUGCUUAUUUAACGAUGUCGAUCGAAGUUGAUAAAAAGAAAGACGGUGUUACUUAUUGUGUGACGUGAAAACGUUAAAAAGCCUCCUAUUUUCGAACAGAGAAAUCGAUGAAAUGUUCGAACUGAACACCCCAGGAAGCAACUUUUCAUUUAAAGUCUCAUUUACUCACGGUUUUCAGUUCAAUUUUUUAAGUUUUAGCACUGUUUGCAUCGAACUGUGUCACUAAUCAAAUGCUCAAGCAACAUUUCUAGUCUGUGUGGAGGAAAAGACGCCAUCUUUAAUUGUGACCAUAAUCUGCCUUGCUCUGUUUGGGUUACAAUCAACGAUGAUGAAGAAAGAAGAAUAAAUCUAGAAAAAGCUGUUGGAUUAGAUGAGUGGACUUCAGGAAAAUUUAGUAUUAAAACUUUUGGCAACCCCACCUUCCACCUUUGGUUGCAGUUUGCAAAACAGCUGACGGACACCCAGCAAACUCCAUUAGCCGAAGAUAAGGACAAUGUGAAAGUUCCCAAGUCCAAGGAGUUCUGUCGUGGCAAGCUGAUUGCACUCGAGCAACUGGAGAAAGUGUUUGUCGAGCAAACGAACUGCGAUGUCGAAUUCUUGUUCGAAGACGAGGAGAAAAUCGGUGGUCAUAUUUCCAUCUUGGCUGCCAGAAGUCCCGUUUUCUCUGCCAUGUUUUACCACAACCUUCAAGAGUCCGAGACGGGCAAAGUCUUCGUCCAAGACAUCCGGCCACAGAUUUUCAAGGAGAUGCUACAUUACAUUUACUCCGGCCAGACUUUGGCUCCUUUGACGGACGCCAUCGCUCAACCCCUGUUCGUAGUUUCAGACAAAUACGAUAUCGAGGAUCUGAAGGAGAAGUGCGUUCGUUAUCUGCUGAGAAGCGUUCGGAAGAGUAAUGCCGUUGACUUGUUGGUCUGGGCAAAUCUUCAUUCGGUGGAGAAAAUCCAAGAAGCAACCCUUGACUAUGUGGCUAAAAAUUUCAAAACCAUUUGUCACUCGAAUGAAUGGGAGAACCUGAUGAAGAACUAUCCGGAGCUUGGAUUCCUGGUGACUCAACGCUAUGCAGCUAUUUAAGAAAUACGCCAGCCGAAGAGUUUUGUAUAACUUUAAAUGCGGUUCCAGCGUCACCGCCAAAAUCCACAUGUGUUCACGAUCCUCGCAAUAACAGCACGUACAACAUGAUACUGGACACUUAAGCAAGAUUUGCUUUUUAUCGCACGGUCAGCUAGUAUGGCAUCCCUGAAUAGUGAUUUUGACGAAAUUGCCAAUCGAUAAUACGAUGCGCUCCAAGGUUGCAGAGAAAUAUUUUAAAAAUAGCCGGCUGUCCUUCAAACGGUUCGAAAUGGAAAAUUUAUUCACUCACCGAAGAAACGAGUCAAAUGACUCAGAUGUCAAUUGUCAUAAAGUGACUUUUAAGCCGUAACCAUUUGACCCAUCCCCAGCGACGUCAACCUGCAGAAGGAAAGGCCAGUUUCCUUUAUUCUCGAAGGUCACGGAGAUCAUUACACAGCUGCAACUGAAGUUUCUGCACGUGCCCUGAGACCAGAGUGCUCUUGACAAUAGAGAUGGAAUGGUACAGUCCAGUAAUGCAAGUUGCGUCUUACAUACCCAAGGAAUUUCUAUUUGCAAGGGGCAACCGUUGUGUUGGAACCGUUGGUGUGGACGAGCCAGGUUGUUCGACAUGCGAGGACUGCUGUCGCAGAUGCAAGAAGAUUCCACAUGGCGAGAGACUAAUGAGAAAUCAAUCGAGGAAGAAAGUUACGCAACCUUGCCGGAAGUGCCACCAUACUAUACAAGAGCGACUGCCAUAUCGCACCAAAAUUUCAAUUCACAUCAGCAAUUCGACAUGAAGAAAGCCUCGGUGUCGUUCAUUUAUGCCUUGGUCAUUUGGGCUGUGGAAAUGGUUGCCGACACUCCGGUCGGAGUCGGAACGAUUGCUGGGAAUUACCUGACGGCAUCCAACGGAAUCGUCGCUUACCUGCCGGCCACCAGGUACCCGUCGAUGCCGUGGGCUCUGCAACGUGUCCAGAACGCCCCAAAAGUCGUUUCGCCCUACCUGCCGGAAUCCAAGCCCUGGGCCCUUCCGUCGCGAUUUCCCGACACUCCCAGCAACGUGGUGGCCGCUUACCUGCCCGCUCAAUAUUCAUCCGCAGCAAUAGUACCCUGGCGUCUUCCCCUGCAAACUUCCGGGUCGAGGUUCAGCUAUAGACGUUGAUGGGAAUGACAAAUAAUCGCUUCCGGAUAGUAGUAUAUGCCUCGAGACCCACCUGAUAUUUUAAAAAAGAAAUAACAGUUAAUUGAAAUUAAACCAUUGAAAACUCUGUCAUUUUCAAAUUUCUGUGGCUACAAAUUGUUGAACUGAAAUUCCUGGCUCUACGUGACUUUCUCCGUCGUGGUUGUCAAUCGUAAAAUUAUGUUAUCUAAAGUUCUCAGUGUGAAUACAUGAAAAUUGUAGUUAAAUAAUUCCAUAGCGAUAAAGGCGAUAAAUCAUUUGAAAUCUGUUUGAGCAUUCAAGGUAGAGAUUUAGGCUAUACUGAAGGGAUUCGUCGCUUUCUCAAACAGUAAAUAAGUGAUACAAAAAUUUUAAACUCACGUUUUGAUAUCGUAGUCAGUUAAUUCACACGAUUAAUCAUUUCGA